AGUAUUUUAAAUACAGAGUGCACAAAAAUUUAACUUGAAAGAGAAUCACUAAGCAGUGUUUGAUUUCUUAUUAGAGGAAGAGUAGCAGCAGCAGAAACUUGAAUGCGGGCUUGAUAAUUGGCACUAUGGGCUGUUAAUGUGGGCUUGAUGACUUGAUAAUGAGUCAUCAGCGGCCCAAAUAAUGCAGAUAAAAGGACAAUAUGGUCAAUAAAACAUAAAAUCCAAAAGGCGCGGUUAUCCUGAUAUUUUAGGGACACAAAAAACCCUUUCGCUACACUACACUUAUCUCUCUGCAAAAUUCAAAAUUACCAAAAAGCUACAGAAACAAUAUAAUGGCGGUGUCUUUGGGGUUAUUCUCGGCGUUCUCAACCGGUGAAACGGCGUCGUUUGCCAAGUCAGCUCCGUUUCCCUCCGUUAAGUUUCCGUCUCCGUUUGCUGUUCAGCAUGCUAACGUGCGCACUGUGCGGACUGUCACUUUGGCGACGGCUUCUAAGCCGGUGGCUGCUGAGCCGAAGAAGCGUGAACCUAGGGGGAUUAUGAAGCCGCGCCGAGUGUCGCCGGAAAUGCAGGCGUUCCUUGGUGGCAUGUCGGAGAUUCCUCGUACUCAAGCCCUUAAGUUGAUUUGGGCACACAUCAAAGCUAACAACCUUCAGGAUCCUCAAAACAAGAAGGUCAUAAUUUGCGAUGAGAAAUUGAAGACAAUUUUUGAUGGGAAGGAGCGUGUUGGGUUCCUUGAGAUUGCUGGUUUGAUUAGUCCUCACUUUCUUAAAUGAUCUAAAGGGAAGCUUAGAAGGAAAACUCUUUUUUGUAAAUUAGGCUCUAGAUUGGGUGAUGGUAUUUACUAGGAGUGCUGCUUUAUUAAUUUAGUUUAUCUGAUCUUCUCUGAAGGACCGUUAACACAUAUGAUCACUCUUCUGUCAAAGUUUUGAUUUUGGUCUUCAGAUCUACUCGUGAAGGUAUUCCGAUGCAAGAUUAGUAGCCAGUGCAUCGUCAAUCUUAAACGUAUUGCAGCUGUAUGUUAUGUACGCGGCAUAUGUAGAACAAGUUUUGGCUUUGGCUGCUGCACUUACUGAAUAUUAGGGAUUUUCUUCCUUACAUAUGUAUGACAAUAUCCAGUAUUAAAGUUUGUGAAAUCAUCAGCCCAUUCAUAUUA